CGUUCGGACAAAAUAGAACUUGCGUGAAAAAUAUGUUCAACUCUGGAGAAUUAAAGUGCAAAAAUUAGUAUUAUAAAACUUCAAAGUGUCAUGUUUAUUAUUGACCAUAUGAAGUUUAUAAAAAAUUAAAAAAAAGAAUUUCCCGUGACAUCGUAAAACUUGAUAUUAUAAAGGUGUUUUGUUAUUGAGAAAAUGUUAAACUCCUAGGUAUACAUUUUGGGCUUACUCUCCUUGCAUCUUUUUCCUCAACUUGUGAAGUUAUUUUAUAAAUGAAGUUAUUAGUUAAAUAGUUAAAUAGUUACAAGAGCUACUUAAGUUUUUAAUAAGUGGACUGAAUAAUUUCUUACCAAUUAUUUUUUCCCUUCGUCUGAGUGUCUUGAAAAUUCUUCCUCUGUAAACAAAUUAGCUCCUAAAAAUAACACCCGUGCAUAUACACAUGCAUACACAAAAAGUACCUUAACGUGUUUUUCACAGAGUUUAAAAAUAGCCUCCAUAAACGGACAAAGAAAAAAAACAAGCUAGGAUAACUGAUUACAUGGAUUACAAUCACAGCAAUCGUUUUCAUGGAUCUGGAUUACACCAUAGAAGUUUUAAAAUAGAAACAACAAGAAUAAAAAUACUAUAGUAAACACCUAUUAAUUAUGUUCGCACAUAACUCACCUAGUUCCAUCUAUCGACAAGAGUAAUUAAAAAAAAAAAAAAAACAGGAAGAAGACUCAAAAUAAAAUUAACAAGGAUAAAAUGUCGCCUGGGAAGCAAGCACAACAAAAUUAACAGAGGCUACAAAGUUCGAGCAAGCAACUUUACGAGUAUAUAGCUCCAUGAUGACAGCUCUACAAUCUUGGGAAGCACUGCAUUUCGAAGCAAAAUUGAAUUUUCUAUCUGAAAACCAACCUGGAGUGGCAGCCAGACUUGAGGCUGACAAUGAGAACGCCAUCAUUGUUGACUAGAGGGUGCAAUUUAAUAAUCAAUUCGAUAAGCGACUGAAAUAUACUUAAACUAGCUUUUCCUUCUGUGGGUAUCAGCAUUUUGCAAAUAGGCCAUAAAUAAAGAGUAGAGAAAAAGUUGGUCCUCAGAAGCAUCCAAUCUAGCAACAAAGUGUUAUCGUCCCACAUAGACGCCAACAGCGCCUUUCUAAAUGAAGUUACCAAUCUGUCAAUAUUCUAAAUUAUUUCUGCUGCUGACAGCCUUUUCCUUCCUUGACUCCCUUAAAGCUGACCUGACUACGAUAGCUUCUGUGCAGGAUAUUUCACAGUCUUUGGCUUCGUUUUUGUUGUCAUCAUCGGUGUCGUCUCUGGUACAAUCAACCAUUGAAAACAAGUCACUGCAAUUGGACACUGUCACCACACAAGAUAGCAGACAAAACGAACACAGGCAGCAGAAAAAUAUCCGGACAUCUUCGUCGUCAUCGUCGUCGUCGUUGUCGCCCAAUCGUGUGGGCAUACUGAUGUCGUCGAGGGUUCUUAACACAAUGAAAAUGCAACAAGGCUUUGAGAACUUUGUGGAAUUUUUCAAAGUAAACCUUGAUAAUGCCACUGUGAAUUUCAUUAAGGAUGAUGGAUUAAGUGCAUUUAUUAAGCAGCUAGAGGGUAAAAACUUUACAACUAUAGUCAAGACCCUCAAUAGUGAUGGUAUUAACGAAGAAUAUAGCAAAAACGUCGUUGUCGAUAAGGAGGGACACAACAUUCCAAGCAAUGAAGGUGUCGGUGAUGAGAAACAUGGCUUUAGGAAUACUAUCGGCUAUUGCCAUUUGAUGGAAAGUCUUUCAAAGAACUUUAAUAAGACAGUACUUAUGUGGCCAUGCCCAAGGGUAAAAGAGUCAAGUAGCUUCCUACCAUCAUUGGAAGCAAUAUCCUUUGCUGUUAAAAGUGUGGCGGCUAAACUAAAUUGGACUCAAGUUGAUAUCUUUGUUGGAGAUAGGAAUUGGGGUCUUCCACUAACUAUAGCUGCUAAUCUUCACAUACCAUACAGAAUUAAAAUUGGUGAAAGUGAUGCCCAAGACUUAACAAUGAAUGAUGUACCUGGAAAAGUUAUAAUCGUGACAGCAGAUAUGAACGAUCCUUCCACCCUCCAAAUACUUACUCGCUUUGAAUUACUCAUCCACACUAAGGUGCUUUUAAUCGACAUUAUUGCAACGUCCUUUAAUGCUGAAAAUAAAUUCUACAAGAAUCUGUCUCUGAUAAAAUCCACCUCAAAAUUGAUGUCCAAUUUACUUCUACUCACUGUACUAAGUGAUAAGUACCGUCAUUUUCUGAAUGUAGCAUUUGAUGAUGAUCGCAUCGGUACCGUUCAAACCUAUCAUCAGAUUCGCCGGUGGCAGCAACAAAUACAGCACACAGGCACUGAUCUAAGUAUCCUCCCAGAAAAUGUUGAUUGGCCGAUGCGAUUGGACCGUUCCAUUCAAUUGGAGCAACUUAACCUGCCAUUCCAAUGUGAAAACACAUCUGUAACAUUGCAAAAGAUCACACAAGUCUGCAACGAUAUUGAGGAGUUCGUGCAACAAUGUGGUGUGGCAAAUCAAACCCAACCCAGAAUACAAAUAAAAGAAUUAUGCAACUCUACCAAUGUUCAACUACCACGGACUGAAGCGAGAAUAUCAAUAUUGCGGAAUUUCAUAGAUUUCUUCCAUUUUUAUGAUUUCAUCAUUUCAAAUGCAGCACGAGGAUCAACAGCGGAUUCCGUACAAUUUCCCAAAUACGAUUUCCUUGUGUUAGAUAUUGUGCGAAGUUCAGUGAAUAAGACUGCCAGUCCAUAUGAAUUCAAAUGGAGACCACUACUCAUUUUGGAACAACAUGAAAUUAAUCUGACGUUCAUUACACACUCCAUAUUGCCAGGAUACAAUGAUUGGUUGUCAGAGAAGACGUCACAAUUUUGGCAUUGCGGCACGAUAUGCUGGACUAUAUUGGCUGUGUGCUUCGUAUUUCUUUUGUGCAUUGUUUUGGCGAGUGUUGCCGCUGGAAUCACUUUAAGAAAUUAUUUACUCCGGAAGCGACUUUCUAAAGGACCAAAUAAAAUUGUCCUGUCGGCAAGUGACUUUGUGUUUCCGGUCGAUUCUAGAAGAGUGGAUGAGGGUAUCGAAGCAAUGCUGUGUUGUUGGUUGCAACAACUUCAAGAGUUCGGUGGACCCGAAGUCGAUAAACCAGAUUUACUCAAAGGAUCAAUUGGGUCUUUGAAAAACUUUGGUCUUGCAUUGGCUGGUACCAGUGGAACAGGAGGUGGUGGUGGUGGUGGUAGUCUUGGGGGAGGUGUUGGUGCCACAAAUACUACAUCUGUAGGUGGCGGAGCAAAAAAUACAUCUGGAUCAGGUAGUUUGGCACGACACAAUACAGGACUUUUGGAUAUGAGAGCAAGAUAUAAUGGUGACCUUGUGCAACUCAAAGAAAUAACUAUGAAUUGUUCCGCUGAGUUAAAAUCGAAAGCAAUGGAUUUGAUGGUAAUGGAGCAUGGACUGAGACAUGAAAAUGUAAAUCCAUUGAUAGGUUGGUUAAGUGAUCCUAAUCGUAAUGCCAUGGUUUUUGACUACUGUUCAAGAGGCAGUUUGCAGGAUGUUCUAAUAAUGGAUGAAAUAAAACUCGAUUGGUCAUUUCGCCUGAGUCUGCUGACCGAUUUAGUGCGAGGCAUGCGAUACCUCCAUUCCUCGCCACUACGAUUUCAUGGUAAUCUGACAUCUCGCAAUUGUGUGGUUGAUGCACGUUGGGUACUAAAAAUAACUGACUAUGGAAUCACAUCUUUCUACGAAGCUCAAGGAAUAGCACCCCCAAAUAAAACCCCCAAAGAGCUAUUAUGGACAGCGCCAGAGCUUUUACGCAAUUUAAAAGGACAUAAUCGUGGUGGUACCCAAAUGGGUGAUGUGUACUCUUUUGGAAUUAUAAUGCAGGAAGUUGUGGUUAGAGGCGAACCCUACUGCAUGUUGUCACUGUCGCCGGAGGAAAUCAUUGCGAAAAUUAAAAAACCACCCCCACUUAUACGGCCGUCCGUUUCAAAGGGUGCUGCACCACCAGAAGCUAUUAACAUCAUGCGUCAAUGUUGGGCGGAAACUCCUGACAUGAGACCGGAUUUUAACUCAGUGUACGAGCGCUUUAAGAUGCUUAAUCAUGGCAGGAAGGUGAACUUUGUCGACACGAUGUUUCAAAUGCUAGAAAAAUAUUCUAACAAUCUGGAGGAAUUAAUUAGAGAACGCACAGAACAGUUGGAUAUUGAAAGGAAAAAGACUGAACAGCUUUUAAACCGUAUGCUUCCCAGUUCCGUCGCUGAGAAACUCAAAAUGGGACUUGGAGUCGAUCCUGAAGAAUUUUCCGAUGUGACGAUAUAUUUUAGUGACAUUGUUGGUUUUACAACAAUCGCGGCCCACUGCAGCCCUGUACAGGUUGUAGACCUUCUUAAUGACCUUUACACAAUAUUUGAUGCAACAAUAAACGCCUACAAUGUCUAUAAGGUGGAAACAAUUGGUGAUGCCUAUAUGGUAGUAAGUGGACUUCCGGUUCGAAUUCCUGAUCACGCUGAACAAAUUGCGACAAUGGCUUUGGAUUUGCUGCAUCAGAGUGGAAGGUUCAGUGUCAAACAUUUACCAGGGGUUCCAUUGCAACUAAGAAUUGGACUUCAUACAGGUCCUUGUUGUGCGGGGGUUGUAGGCCUUACCAUGCCUAGAUAUUGCCUCUUUGGAGAUACCGUAAACACAGCAUCACGAAUGGAAUCGACGGGCUCAUCCUGGAGAAUACACAUGUCUCAGGAGACAAGAGAUCGUCUUGAAGCUACCAAUAACUACCAAAUAGAACCAAGAGGCUUAAUAGAAAUAAAAGGAAAGGGUCUUAUGAACACGUUUUGGCUCUUGGGAAAAAAGGGAUUCGAUAAAACACUCCCUGUUCCCCCUCCUAUUGGAGAGUCACAUGGCCUUGAUGAGUUCUUUAUUCGUAAUUCGAUAACGUUUAAAGGCCUUGCUACCAAAUCACGUAAUAGUACAAAUCCCUCCUCAAGCCAAUCGUCUCUGUUGGCAGGUGAAGCUGUCGAAGUUAAAGUCGAAAUAACUCCACCCUCAAACGCAGAUUUAAGUGCAUACAUGGCAAAUUCUUAUUCGCUGGAUUCAAAUUCAACAAACACAAUCGGAACAAAUAUGUCUCUUAUGCCUGAGUUUCCUACCAAAACUCCCAGUGCGAGUCCAACUUCUCGAAAAAUUAAUGACAUUCAACCAGAUCAAUUAUUAAAUCCUCAAAACUUCAAUAGACUACCUGGUUCGACGGGAGGAUCCUCGUCACGGUUGUACAAAAAAAUAGAGGAAAUGAUCGAUUUGAGUUCACCAUACAACCACUAUAAGUGCUUAAGUCCUAGUGAAAGCAAUUUAACCCAAUUUUACGAUGGUAAAUACAUGUAUAGCUGCUCAAAACUUGACAGCAAACCAGGGUCUAGUCGGCUUCUGCGACGUCAAUUCAGCUUGGAUCGUGAUGACGGUACUCAAACUGCGGUGUCAUUGCCGAUAUCAACAGCAACGACCACAGUUGUUGGUAAACAGACAACCAUGCUUGAGAUUCCAACUUUACAAGAAAAUCGUUGUAGCCCUAAGUGUACCCUGCCGCGGGUACACAAGCUUAGUUCGACAUCAAUAGCCCAGGAUCUCGAAAAAAUAGAAGAGAUUCCAUUGUCUCCUGCCUCGUCACAGCAUCAUAGUAGUCUAGAUAGCAAUAUGAACCGAAGCCCUCCACUUUUUGAAGAAACUCGAAUGCCAAGGACACCGAAUGUUUUUGAAAACAAUGUCAGAAAACAACCAGAAGUAACUCUUACAGUGGAAACCUUAAUGACUAGAUAGGAAACAAUUUAAAUAAUUAUUUUUAGUUUUUUUAAUUUCAAUUCGAUUAACUGCUCGAAUAGGUACAAAUGGGAAGGCGCUGUCAAAGUGAACUGCGCACAAAUAGUUUUUUUUUUUUAAUUUAGGGCAGAUUUAGACAACCUAAGGGACUUGUAAGUUAGGCAAGUUUCUAAUAUCUCAUUGGCCAGUUGCCAAAAAAGUUAGUCAAGAAAAAUGUCCCUUACUAUUAACUUAAGUCUACUUUAAAAUGACAGUGGAUCAUAUUUUUUCAUUCAACUGAAAGCUUAACUAUAUUACUCUAUGAUUUAUUUAUUUUCUGAACAAAUUCAUUUAAUGCUUUCUGUAAAAAGACAAUCUGUUUUGUAGACAAUAAUGUUUUUGGUAGUUUUUGUACUAUGAACUCAAAGUAAAGGUUUGUGAACUAAAGUUCUACAUUUAAAUUUCAUAGCACUUAAAAAACUAAUUCGUUGCCUUGGUUUAAAUGAAAUGGAAUGAAGAUGACAUCAAAUGAGAACCCUUAUGUUGUCUGAACCUGCCCAUAGACACGGUUCUUCAGAUCUCUGUUGAUUCGCUUUAAGAACUGUUAAGUUAACAGAUUUGCUUAAGUGUAGACCGAUAUGAAAGCCGUGGUUUUAAAUUUGUCAAAAUGUGAAUCAUACAGCUAUCGGUAGAAAUUACAUGUCAAUUUUAAAAUAAACAAUGAGUUGCGAUAAUUUUAUUCAUAAAUUCAUAUUUUUGAAAGGGUAAGAAGUGAAGUUUUGAGGGCUUUUUCUUUAUUAUGCUUAUCAUGUUUCUUAUUUUACAGAAUGGUAGUAAUGUGCCCUUAACAUUCUUAUAUUUUGUUUAUUUUUUUGUUUUAAACUAUACAAAUCAGUCGAUCACUUAUUUUCAACAAAAGUAAGUUUUCUUUUUGUAACAAUCGAAUUUGAAUCUCGUCUAAUAACGUUUCAUGAAGGUAUUUUAAAAAAGACCUAUUACGAUGAAAAAAAUUAAAUAACAACCAAGUCCUUAACAAGAAAAUCUGUGAAUUGAUUUUGCAAUGUUAAAAUCUUCAUCCUCCAAAAAACCAUUAAAAUGUUUGAAUAUCUGACUUAUAUUGUCUUGAAAUUAUCAUUAGUUGUGAGUCUUUACUAUUGUUUCUUAAAGCUUUACGUUAGGUAAGGUAAUGGUCGGCAUUUUCAUAAUAUAAAUAUAAAUAUGUUUAAACAGUUUUUUUAGAUAUUUUAAAAAUCUGUUAGGUGUAUCCAACCCCUAGGUGUUUAAAGAAGAUUGUUUAGUAAAAUACUACAAAUAAAUUAAUUCCACAUGAGCUUGUUGUAACUUUUUAACAUUAACUUGUAUAGCCAUGUAGACUUAUUUUAUUAAAUUAAAUGUUUUGAAUGUAAUAUGGAUAAGCACUGUAAGAACGCACUCAAUGAUGUAAACAUUUUAAAAAGGCGUUAGAUAAAAGGGCUUAAAGGCCCUUUUAAUAAAUCCGAUAUGUAUUUAAUUUUUUAAUUUAAUAUGUCAAAAAUUAACAGAAAUACUAUUUUUUUUUUUUUGAAAUGAAAGUUAAAACAAAAUACAGAAACUUGUAUAGUGGCAGUUUUUAAAAUAAUAAUUUUUGAAGAGGAACUUAAUUUAUGGGGUUUUCCAUGGGUAAAUUCAGAUUUCCUUAAAAAUUGAUUUUUUUUUCGUGGCGCAUGGAACACAAUUGGAAUUGUUUUGUUUUGUCAUUAUAUUAGUGUAACUUCGUUCCGAAAAGUUCAGAUCUGAAGAUUUGAUCUUUAACCAAAAGUAAAUCAAUUUAUUUUGCACCAUGGAAUGCAAAACCAAUGCAAAUUUGUGUUUAGACAGAUUAGGAUCAAGACUAAAUUGAUUUAUUUUUUAUAAACAGUAGUAGAAUUGACUUGCAAAAACUUUAAAUAACGCGUCCACUGUUGGCUAUUGACUGGUCUCUGAUUUAUGGGCUUGAACUUAUGUUUUAUUUUCAGUCAGACUGUACAAACUAAUUCCAGAAUAAUUAAACCUUAAAGAUCUAAGCAUCUUGCACAUGAGCUACGAACUGCGAACUUUUGAUACUCGCAUAUUUUGAUUUUUCUUUCACAUGAGCGUUAUUUCUAUUCGCAGACAGCCACUAAUUGUCAAUUUAUAAUUACCCUUUUCAAAUUUGCAGGUUAAGUUCAGCGCGAACAAUUUAUUCGUUGCAGUGUGGAUGAUACGAGUAUGUGGAACGCUAAUAGAGUUUGACAGUUCGUAGCAAACACACUGCAAUUCGUUACUACCAAAUUGUUUUUACAAAAUUUUCUUAUUAUAGAGAACAAAAUGCAAAUUUUAUUAUCCUGACAUAAGUAUGAAUUGGUUUUUUAUAAUUUAAGUGUGUUUUUGUUUGAAAUUGACUUUUUGCAAUAUGUAAAAUCACGUUUGUUCGUCCAUUCGUUGUUCGGUCUCAUGUGCAAGGCUCUUAACUCCAGUCAAAAUUUUAUAAGAAUAAUUGUAAAGAUGUCAUAUGGGUUUAGCAAACUGCUAAAUUGUUAAGAGAUAGUAAGAUGUUAAAAUCCUUUAAAACUAGGUAAAUCAUCUUUUAAGCUUAGUAAAUUGAAAAAAAACACCAGAUUAUAUUCCUAAAAGAUACACAAUUAAAGCCACCAUUACUAACCACCCUGCUAACCAUUAUGUGCAUAUUAUAUUUCAAAAAUGUUACCGGAAGAUGAUUAAUGUACCUGAACCAGAUUGUGAAUAACAUAUAAAUAUAUAAAACUGAUGCCAAAACCUACUUUUUUUAAUAAAGCGUUUAUAAUUAAUUAGUUAUUAUUUUAAGUCAAAUAAUUAUUCAAUUCAAUUAGUAUUUUGUUGCAGUACAAUCAAUUUAUAAUAUUCUUUUUAAAAGUAUCUCAUACUUAUAACAAAACACUAAAAUAAGUAUAACAGUGACAAAAUAAAACAAGAGGGAUCUUCUUUUAUAUUCAAAAUAAUAAUGUUUAUAAAUAGUGGAAUUAAAAGAGUAGACGUGGAUUGCAAUUAUUAUUAUUAUUAUUUAUUGUACCUAUAUUUAUGUUAAAAAUGACAAUCGUUGAUUAAAAUUAAACUAUAUGAAAUGUUACAAUUAUUUUUAUGAUGAGUAGUAGUUUUUAUUAUGUAUGUAGCGGUAACUCUAUAAAUUUGUUUCAAAUACCUAUGUAGAUGAAUUCAAUUUAAGGAAAACAUACGAAACAUAAAAUUAUUUCUAAUUUAUUUAAACUAAAAUAAAUUAAAAUUAGAAAUCAUAAGGACGAUGUAAGCAAAUGUAUUUACAUAUAUUUGAAUUUUUGAAACCAAUACAAAGCUAAUAUUUAAUUUUUGUUAAUAAUAAUAGGAAAAUAAUAUUUUAGUAGAAAAAUGGUAGCUAUCCACAAAAAACGUUAGUUCUAGGCAAUAAUUGUUAGGCAUUGUUAGGAAACUUAGUUUUAAAACAUUUUAUGUACAUACAAAUAUUUAUACUUAAAAUGGUAGUUAAUGUUGUUACACACUCUCCCAUUUUAUAAAACAAAAAUGUUAUACAAAAAUGAAUAUGUAUGUAAGUAAAUGUUAUUAAAUAGUUGAUAGAUUAAUAAAAAAAAACUUACCUAUUUCAUAAUGCAUUUUAAAUGUACUGUUGAGCAAAUAAAAUAAGUAGGUACAUGUACUAUUUGUAUUUACAUUUUAAUAUGUUAUUGAAACGUGAACUGUUUACCUAUACUAUUAUAUGCAAUAAGUUAUUUUAAUAUUGUUUUUAUUGUAUACCAUAACAAAAUAAAAGAAAUGUGUAUUUACUGAA